AUGCUGCCGACUUGUACCCGUUGCAGGAGCCGGAGGAUCAAGUGCGACUCCUUGCUUCCAGCAUGCGCAAACUGCUCCAAGCACGAUGUGGAGUGUACCUUUCGAGAUGAAGCUUUACAAGUAGAUGUGAAAGCACACUAUUGUUACUUCACUCUGCCUGAAGCUAACUCGGACCUGGACAGCGAAAGUGGCCUAACAGAGACUACUCCUGAUGGCAUCCCAACAGGACCUUCCUCAAUCUCCUCCUUCAUUCUUAUGCCCGGCUCUGGUAAAGAUCUAUACAUUGACCUCUCACUUCCAUCACGCAUUGUCGAGGUCACACUCGAGGUACUUUCACAACGUCAGGAAACGCAUGACAAGAUGACUGUUGAUGAGGAAAGCUUCUCAUUUCCAGACAUUCCACGUCUUGACAGGUCCACACUUACCCCCGGUGCGGUGCGUGGCCUUCUAAAAGAUUACCAUCGCCUUGUUCAACCGCAAUAUGACAUUUUGGACGUCGGAAUUUUGAGCUAUGAUGGCAUGUACCUACGGAAGCUGCCUGAAACGCGAAGAUUUCAGAUACUUAUGGCCUGCGCUAUUUCCGCCACCCAAAAGUCGUACAAAGAGCCAAUUUGGAAACCGUUCGCCAAUACAUGCCGUGAGUGGGCAAAUGACUUCAUUGCCCCAGUUAUAUCUUCUGCCGACGCAGACUCUAUGAAAGCUAUUCUGCUCCUUCUUGUAUACGAAAUGGCCGAUCCGACUCGAGGCGUUAUCUGGGAACUCCUUGAUGUAGCGCGAAGGACGUGCUUGCAGCUAGGCUGGAACCGAACCGCCUCGUCUUCCAGCGAGAACACAAUUAAUGGGGAGGCAGUAUCGCAUGAUCCCAUGAGAACUCGCUUAAUGCGUGUACUUAGGGACAUUGAAGGGUUGGUACAA